AUGAAAAAAAAGAUUCAGCCAAAUCUCUUUCUGAUCUAACGAUAACAUGGAAAUGGAAGAGCCUUGUCACAUCAUGAACCCGCAUCAACAAACAUGUCCUUAUUAUACUGAUUCGUUUUCAUCAGAAAGCUUCAAAGAUCAUCCCAAUUUGGUCUCAGUAAACCAGUCUAUUCCACUAGCCUCCAUUAAUGGAGAUCCAGACAAAAAAGAAGAUCAUAAGGCAGCUGAAAGUAGCCCUUUUGCCCCAAACUACAGUUCCUUAUCCAGCACUUUCACUAUAUCUUUUGGAAACCCUACAUCACCAGAAGAUAUUAAACCAUAUCAACCCUAUGGAGGAUCCAAAUUCAAUAAUUACCCUGACGUAAUGACGCCUAAAGAGGAAACAAGUCUCAAUGAAUUUCUUGGAUCUAUUGAGCUUACCAGAAGGGUUCAGACCACAAGAAGAAAUCAUAGACAAGCUCAAGAACAUGUCUUGUCAGAGAGAAAGAGAAGAGAGAAGUUGGCUCAACGCUUCAUGUCCUUAUCUGCUCUCCUUCCUGGAGUUAAAAAGAUGGAGAAGGCUACUGUGUUGGAAGAUGCAAGUAAGUACAUAAUACAACUUCAAACCCGUGUAAAGGAACUAGAAGGAACAAUUAGCGGAAAAGAUAACAUCCAUGAAUCAAAUGUUUCCAUAACGAGAUCCAGGUUUUAUGUUAAUCAUGGAGACCAUGGAGCUUCUUCCCAUGAAAUGGAAGACUUCCCUAGCAGCGGCACUUAUGACCCUGAGAUCAAAGCAAGAAUUUCUGGACGAAACAUACUUUUAAGAAUCUACUGCGGGAAAAAUUUGUCGAUAGUUUUAAAAACUUUAACGGAGAUGGAGAGACUUCAUAUCACCAACAUUUGUUGCAGCAUUCUUCCCUUCUCCAACACUGCCAAUCUAGUUACAAUCACUGCUCAGAUGAGUGAUCAGAUGGUCAUAACCAGGAGGUAUUUUGUGAAAUGCCUACAAUCAGCUCUUUGUAAUUUUCGUUGACAUGUACUUAAUUAAGCUAAAAAUUUACGGUACAUCUGACCCUCCUUUGAUGUACCCUCCUUUUAUCUUGUAUUAAUUAUUUGUUGAAUAUAAUGUUGUAUAAUUUUUAAAUGGGUUUGAUAGAUUAUUAGUUUACAU